CGGGAGAAGUUCUCCUUUUGUUUCUUGGUACUGUUAAGCCACCCAUUGAGAACAACGCAUUUGAUCUGAAGCCCAGACACAAUAAUGGCUCCUGCAGGGAUUCCUCUGCUUCUGUUUGUUGUUCUUGUGGGCUCCUACACUGGCUCAACUAAAGCCACAAUAACUGUGUCUGAAGAAACAAAAACAACUAAUGAAGGGUCGUGUGUGACAAUACCCUGUGUUUACAAAAUACCAAAUGGCAAAAAACUUGAUCUUCUGUGGUUUAAAAAUUCACAGUAUAAUCAUGACACACAAAUGUUUGAUGGGACCAUUGUAUACAGUAACACAGAAAAAAGACCCCAAUCACCAGGUUACUCUGGCAGAGUGGAAUACAUCACCAAUAUAGAAUCCAUGACGCUACAUGAACAACAAACCACCAAUGAAAUACAAUGUGAUUUAAGAAUCACAGAUCUUCAGAAGACAGACAGUGGGAACUACAGCUUUAGAUAUACUGGAGAUCCAUAUAGCGAUCCAUCCAAAUUCAUGAGUAAUGUGAUGAAUCUUACAGUUACAGACAAUCCUUGUAGGGUUUACAUUGAACAAUCAGAGCUGAAGAAUCCACUAAAAGAGUCAAAUGAAUUUACCGUUCGCUGUUCCACAUCUGGUCCCUGUGAUUCUCCUCCUGAGUGGCUCCACCAUAAAUCAGAACAAAAACCAGAAUGGACAUCCUCCUCAUUAGAAGAGAUGAUCAUAGAGACUGAAGAGGGAAAAAAUGGCACAAAGGUGACAAAACUGAAGCUCAAUGUGACAUGGAAGGAUGACAACAGGAUUCUGUCCUGCCGUCCAGCAAACAGUGAUGACAACUGCCAGAUUAGGAAUAUCACCCUGUCUGUGGAAUAUUCACCUAAAGAUACACAUGCAUCAGUGAGUUCUAAUGAUAUAAAGGAGAGAGAUUCUGUCACUCUCUCCUGCACCAGCAGAGGUCGCCCUGAAGUCACUUACACAUGGUUUAAAAAAAACAAAGGAAAGCCUCCACAAAUGUCUAAUUUGUUUUUAACUCCGGUGAAGCCAGAAGACAGUGGAGAAUAUUACUGUGAAGCAAAAAACUCACAUGGAGUGAAGAAAUCAAAUGAGAUUUCCAUCAAUGUGAAGUUUGGUCCAAAAGAUGUCACUGUGACAUCUCCUGACAACAUUAAAGAUCUCAAAGAGGGAGACACAUUGACACUGAAAUGUUCAGUCAAGCAACAUAAUCCACCAGCCUUUAGGUUUGUGUGGUAUAAAAAUGAUCAACAACAGCGUGAAACCAGUGGGACGUUCAUCGACAGAAAAGUAACAGCAGCAGUACAAAAGUAUAAAUGUGAGGCUGAUAAUGGGAUAAAUAAAGGAAUAUCACAAGUACUCACAGUCGAUGUAAAAUAUUCACCAAGGAACAUAACAAUCUUGGGGGAAACAUCUGUAAAAGUGGAUAGUACUCUAAAGUUGAUAUGCUCAGCUGAUGCCCAUCCACAGGCAGUCUACAAGUGGACAUUUCCACCUGGAUUUCCAUCUUUUUUAUCAUCAUCAAAUAGUAUAGAAACUUCGAGAGUGACCAUUAAGCAUGCAGGAGAGUACACAUGUAGUGUCAAAAAUGCAAUUGGAACAAAAUCACAGCAUACUAAUGUUAAAGUGCUUUAUCCUCCAUUUAAUAUCAGUUUGCUGAUGCAGAGUGAAGUGAGAGAGUUUGAAGUAAUCUCCAUUAUCUGCACGGUUCAAAGUUUUCCCAAGUCAGAGUUCACAGUUACAAAAAAUCAGGAUAAUCUGCUAAAUAUCCCAGAGUAUCGCAGGAACAGCACUGAAUCUGAAAACAAGUUAACUAUCUUCCUGAAUGUAACUGAGUCGGAUGCCGGAACAUACAAGUGCAAAGCAAGAAAUGACGAAGGACAAAAAGAAACUAAUCAGAAGCUUACUGUGCUGUAUGCUCCUAAAAAUGUAACUGCAAGUUUUAAAGGAGAUCAGAAAUCUGCGAGUGAAUUGACUCUUACAUGUGAGGCUCGCUCCAAUCCUCCUGUGUCCUCAUACGAGUGGACGAAACUCAUCAAUGGACAGUUCCUGACACUUAAACAACAUCAACAACUACACUUUCAUUCUCUGGAAAUCUCAAACUCUGGACAGUAUGUCUGUAUUGCUCAUAAUACUAUUGGAAAAGCAAAAUCACCACCACUGGACAUCAGGGUUAAAUAUAUUCCAAAUAUUACGGUUGUCCAUAACACGACAGCCUCAGCUCAAUGGGAUCUCCCAGUGUAUCUGAGCUGCAUUGCAGACGCGCAUCCUCCUGCCACUGAAUAUAAAUGGUACAGACACGAGGACAACACCACUGUUUUAUCACAGCAGCAGAACUUCACGGUUCUUCCUCAGAACCCAGGAUUGUAUUACUGUACGGCGACCAAUAACAUUGGAAAAUCCCGGUCCAAGCAGAUCGCCUUAUUUGUAAGCAGUAACUCUCUUAGAGUGUUCUUGAAGAUUGUCUUACCUAUAAUUUUCCUGUUGAUUCUCAUCGUUGUGGUCAUCUUUCUGAUACGCAGAAACAUCAUCAAGAUAAGAUCGGAUCAGCAAAGUGGAGCAGAUAAUCUAUUGUGUUUAAUCCCAGCAUUUCUGUCACGCUCCUCCAGAGUGCAAAACUUAUUUUUAUUGGGGUCUCGAAAUAACACCCAGGAGAAUUUGUCAUUGGAUGAUCCAAACUAUGCAGAGGUUAAUCUAUCAUAUCCAAUCCCGCCUUCCCAAAAUCCAACACAAGGAGAGGACCUUAAUGCAAGACCUAAACCUAAUAUCCAGACAGUGUAUGCGGCCGUUAAACUGCCACAAAAGAAACAGGAAAGACAUUCGCCAAAACAACAACAGAAAACUGGAAAUAUGGACAAUUCAUCUAUGAACUACGUCACUCUCGAUUUCAAGGGACAAAAUGAGCCACGAAAAAGAACACCUGAAACCUCAGUGGUUUACGCCAUGGUGUCAAAAAACAAGCAGGCAAAGAGUCCCCAGGCAGAACAUUCCGAUUAUGAGAAUGUUUCUUCUGCAUGUGCGCCAAGACUUCCACUCACAAAUAUGGAGUGGGAGUCUGAUACCAGUGAAGAAGAAGAAGUGAAUUACACUACUGUGUCGUGUUCAGCCAAACCUGCUGUUAAAGAGGUCAAACACAAUCAGAAGAGGCGUUUUAGCAGUUCAAGCUCCGAUGAAGAUGACAGAACUGAAUAUUCAGACAUUAAAACAUAAAGCUGAGUUUCCAGAUCAAGUAUUACAACCUUAAGGUGUGUUGUUGCCACG